GAGGAGAAGGAGGAAGAGGAAGAUGUGUCUGGGCCAGAUGGCUGUGGUGCUGCUUCUCCUUCAGCACACCUCCGCGUGCCAGGAGCUCACCUGUUUCGCGGACUACAUCCAGCGACUGGAAUGCACAUGGGGAAGUGGCCUCAGCCCAGCUCACAGGGCCCAGUACAACCUCACCGCACAGUGGAACUGUGGAGAUGGUGGGAGCUGCUCCUUCAACCUCACUGCCAGCAACGCCACCCACGCGCGCUAUGCCUGCUUCUCCGAGCAGAAGCUCUGCUUUGCCACCAACACUUUUCAGGUCAGCAUCGCCACAACUCCUGCGGAGGAACCUUUGCGGCUGCCCCGAGAUUGCAACAGGAAGUUCCUGUUCCAGAAUCACAUUAAGCCAUAUCCGCCAAUCCACCUGGCCGCAGCUGCCUCGUCUGCCGGCUACACCCUUUCUUGGGAGACCAAGUACCUGGACCCUGAGUACCACUUACUGAGCGACAACCUGCAGUAUGAGUUGCGGUACAAGGAAAAAGUCCAGCCCUGGCAGGGGCAGAGCCAGAAAUCCCCCCUGCAGAACCUACACAGUUUACAGCUUCUGCCCCAGGAGUUGGAGCAGGACACCGAGUAUGAGUUCCAGGUGCGCUCAAGGCCGGCCUCUCCUUACCAGGGAACGUGGAGUGACUGGAGCCCCCUUGCCUCCUUCAAGACCACACACAAGGCUUCGGAGCCUGGCGCAGUCCAAUGGCUGGAGGUGUUCUUACUGGUGCUCAGCUCCAUUGUUGCCCUCAUGGCCUUCCUGGGGUGCCACCAGAGGUUGUGGAAGAAGAUGGACUGUUUCACCCCCAGCCCAGCCCCCUUCUUCCAGCCCCUCAAUGGAGACUUCAAGAAAUGGGUGGGCACUCCUUGCUCUAGAACCACCCUCGAUGCCUUUGAGUGGGGCAUAGUUGUCUCAGAGUUGUUUGCCAUUGGACCCAAGCGCCUCCUCCUGAGCUGUGCCGAGGGAGACCGGAAUGAUGGCCGGAAUGGGCAGCCUCCAGUGUCCGCUCCGCUCCUACCAGAACACUUGCAGGCCUUUGCCAAGGGUUGCAAUGCCACCUGGGAGCAGGGCUAUGGCCACCUCUCCAUUGGCACCGUCAUGGUGGCGGAGGAUUUUGCAACCCAUUGCUCCCAGUGCAGCAGCGCCCACCCGUGCUGGGCCCUGGAGGAGGAGCUGCAGGAGCAGAUGGAAACCAGCGAGAAGGAUGCCUAUCGCGGCCUGCAGUUCGACAGCAGCAGCAGCAGCCUUGGUCUGGGCUCCGGCUGUUUGCUACUGGGGAACGAGACGCCCCUGCAGGACUCCUUUCCCUCUGGGCCAGCCUCCUGGACAAGCCACCCCCUCUUUGGCUCUCCCCCAGGGGCCCCGGGGGAAUUCUUUGGUCUUCUGCCUGCCCCCUUGCUCCUUGGCCCCUGCCUCUCUGCCCCAGCCCCCGAGGAAGGCCUCUCCUGCCAGAGGCCGCCCUCUCCCGACUGGGAGGGGGAAAGCGACCCCGUCAACAGCCUGGAUCUGGACACCAUGGACAGUGGCUUCGCAGACUGUGAGUGCAGGAGCCCUGGCGAUGGGGAGCUGGCAGAAAUGCCCUCAGGUUGCAGUUGCCACUCUGAGCCCAGCCCUGUUGUGGGGGAACCUGAAAAAGAAGAGUUUCUCCUGCCAAGAUACGUCAAGCAGUGGAUUUAG